AUAUUAAUGAGUGACUAAUUUCAUUAACUGAGUGAUAAAUGGACCAUCUCGGAGAAAUACACCUAAUAUAAAGAUGAAGAUUACAAAAAGGCAAUAGCUGAGAUAUGCUCAAUCAGAAGUGUUGAGGAAUUUGCAUUUAUAAUGAAAUAAACAAUCUAUUAGAGUUUAACAGAUUUAUUCAGUGAGCCACAAUAAUAAAAAUAGUAUCAAUUCUAGAUUCUAUGAUAGAUUCAAAAAUUUUAAGAACAAUGCUAUAGAGACACAAAUUGAAGCUAUCUAAUUUUUCAAAAAUGGUAUUAGCCCUUUGUGGGAAGAUCCUGAAAACGAAAAAGGAGGAGACAUACAAUUUGAGGUCCCUAUUGCCUUAAUCGGUAUUUACAAUCAACUCUAUACUGAAAUAAUACAUGAGAUUAUAGGAUAAUAAAAGGAGGAGCUAAGGCAUGUAAGAUUUGGAAUAAAUCAAGGUUAAUGGAGUAAGAAUUCUAGAUAAAAUAAAUGCCCCUAAAGGUAAUGGAAUCAGAAUAGAAUUGUGGUUGGAUAUUGACCCUACGGAUAAAAACGAGGAGGUACAAAUCCAAAUUAAAAAAAUUGAUGAUUGGAUUCUUCAAUUAGCAGAAUUAUUUGAUAUUAGAUAACUAAAACUAAAAACUUAAUCACACAAGAAAAAAUGAUAUGGGUUAUUUUUGC